CUCCUGAAAAUAAUCAAUAUUUCGUCCACCAUUACUAUACAUUCACUGCGAAGAGUCAUGCCAGCAUAAUCGUUCGUCAAAAAGGCUUACCUAUGUGAAGCUUGUGAACGAUGCCUUUGAGCAGAUGGUAUGCAAAACCUAUGUACAGUUUUGUUCCUAGUUUUCUCCUCACCGUGAUGACCCAAAAUUGAAAAACCGUGCUUGGAUUGCAUCUUAAGAGAGCUAUAAAUGACCGUAAAGUUGCUGUUCAUACUCAGUUGUCUACUUUAAUUGCGAUUGAUAAUGGACAUACCCGAACAUGAUGCCGUAGAACAUCAUCAUCAUGUGAUAUCAUCUGAUCAUGCCGAAAAUUAUGACUCGGUUGUCUUUUACCCAUUUGAAGAAUCCACAAGAUAACUAGUCUGGAUGAUUUUGACUCUUUGUCAAUGAAGAGAUACAUGCUGAGAUGGUGUGCUUUGUGUAUGGUCGCCAUGGUGAUGAUCGUGGCAUGGGAGAUGGGUUUCUACGUCGCUUCAAUUACAGAAGGGAGAGGUUCACUUCCCAAGUAUCACACAAAUCGAAGACAUGUUUCCUUGAGCGAAAAAGAAGAUCCGAAAGUGAUCAUCGAACGUGAGCAAUCUGAACGACGAUCAAACCUGAAAAAAGAGUGCGAAUUAGCCGAGAUGGACUCAAACACGGUAUCGGAAUACACCAUAAAGCAUAUGCUUGUGGUGGAAGAUUAUGAACUGGUUUAUUGUUUCAUCCCGAAAGUUGGAUGCAGCAAUUGGAAAAGGAUUCUAAUGGUACUUGAUAAUCAAACAGAUUCCGUCCAAGGAUUAACAUCUGAUGAAGUUCAUAUAAACGGGAAAUUUAAAUUUCUGUCAACGUAUGGACAAGAAGAGAGGACACGGAUCCUCAAAGACUAUAAUAAAUUCUUCUUUGUGAGACAUCCUUUUGAGAGAAUCCUCUCUGUAUUUAAAAAUAAGCUGGAGAAUCUAAAAAAUUAUCGGAAAAAUCGACAUUUCCAUCGAUUUGGGAGAGAAAUGAUCAAACGUUGGCGAUCAAGCGCCAGUCAGGCCGAGCUGUUGACCGGCGAGAAUGCAACAUGGUCAGAGUUCUUACAGUACCUUACCCAUACACAAAGACGAAGAAAGUUUGAAAUGUCAGAUGUCUAUUUCAGUGAUCAUUGGACAGAGAUGUACAAGAUUUGUUCGCCCUGUACUGUAGAGUAUGAUUUCAUCGGCCUCCUUGAGAAUGUUGCUGAAGAGUCGAAAUACUUUCUAGAUAAACUGGGAGUGGGUAGAAAGGUACAAUACCUUGGUUCUGAGACGAGUAGACCAACGAAUAGUUCAGAAAGGAGUGUCUAUGAGAAAUACUACUCACAACUCUCUCAUGAAGAUCUGGUCAAGUUAUGGGAAAUAUACAAGUAUGAUUUUCAAUUCUUUGGCUAUCCGAAACCUUGGUUCGUACCAGAUUUGUGAUUUAAUUCAAAACAUAUAUUAAUAUUGGAUUGUCAUAGAUGGAGCUGAAAUUAUCUUCAUUGAUCAUUGAUUAUUUUUAUUUAACAAAUACCUGUUAUAAAGUUCAUAUUAGUCGAUUUCAUGGAAGUGUUGUCAAGAAAUUAAUUCAUUUAAAUUAUUUUUAAUUAUUUAGAGUAUCGUUUUUCCAGUAACGUAGAAUGUAUUUUCUUAAAUGUCCCAGUGCAACAUCAAAGUCAUGAUUGUUUACUGUUAUAUAAAGCAAUCAGAUUUUGGCAAUAUGAACUCAUAAUGUUGAUUUCAAGUUACGGAAAGCAAAUGGCUGACACGAUAUGACAGGGAGAUUUAACUAUAAUUGAAAGUUGCUUUCAGAGAGAGAGAGGGGGGGGGGGGGGGGGGUGGAGAGAGAUUAAUAAAAAUAAAUGCAGAUUGUUGAUUUAAAUGAAAUAAGAUUUAAAAAAAACUAAUGAGAGAGUUGUGUUUUUUUCUUAAUUCUGUUUUCCUAUUCUUCUCCUGUUAUACACAUCACUUUAAUACCAAAGUUGGAUUUCGAAUUAAGUGCUAAAAGUAAUAUAUUAUAUGAAAAUAUUACCUAACAUAAUAGGGCAUACACAGGCUGUCGCAUUCAUAAGUGCUGAAAUUAACUUAUUAUCGUGCUUGAAAAUCAUUUCAAGAUCCGUUAUAUUUUGUUAUCGGAAUCUCGAUCAUUAAAAUGAUAAAAAAUAAUAGAUGGGAUUUGUAAUACACCCUUUUUAAAGGGACACUCAGGGCUGAAAAUAAUUAUAUCUAAAUGAAUAUAGUAAAAUUCAUUGAGCAAAACUCUGAAAAGUUCAUCAAAACCUGAUAACAGAUAAAAAAGUUAAUUGAAUUUUAAUGUUUAACAAUAUUUGUGAAAACAUUAAUUUGCACGCCGUUAUGAAUAUUCAUUAGGUGGGUUGAUGAUGUCAUGUCCUACUUUUCUUUUUCUUAUUUCAAGCAUGAUAACAUAAAUAUUUCAUAUCUUCAUACAUGUACAUGUGUAUAAAAUGUCUCUAUUGUAACAAAAUGAGUUGCAGCAUUGAUUAUCUUACACAUUUACUCAGUCAUGUCAAUAGUUAAUCCAAUUUUGUUUUCAUUCUUAGAGAAAAUUUGAGUAUUUAUAAUUUCAGGAUAUAAAAUACAAAAGAAUAAGUAGUGAUGUAACAGCAUCUGUAUUCAUAGAAACAUGUAAAGAACUGUUUUAGAAACAUUGUAUAAUCGUGAUUGUGAAUAUUAUUAGUUAAGAACACAAUGCGGACAAAUAAUUUGUGGAAGCGCUGUGGUGUAGCGGUUCUGACUCUCGCAUUGUAAACAGAGGGUCGUGUGUUCGAAUUCCAGCGUACAAGGAGUCAGUCCACACUUAGCCCUUCUCGAAAGCAAAUGUGCACCUAACAGGCUGCUUGAAAUGCUAUGAAUCCAGUGACCGGGUAGAUUGAUAACGCGCUUUUUAUGCAAUUAUUAUAAUCAAAAUGUGAUGUAAUAACGGAUCUGAAGUUAUUAUUGAAAACUCGGGCUGGUGCAGAUGGCUCUAUUGUGAAGCGCUUUGAGCAGUCGUAGAUUGAUAAAGCGCUAUAUAAAUGCAAUUAUUAUAAUCGAAUUGUGAUGUAAUAACGGAUCUAAAGUUAUUAUCAAAGAUAAUUUGCGAUGGUAGGAGAAUAUGAAACAGUAACUGUGAAGACAAGUACCAGUAAAACUCAAAACCCAUAGGCCUGGCUACUCAUAUUUCACAAACUAGUAUUUUCGUGAGGUGAACCCAAAGCCCUUGGAUAAGCAAAUGUGAAAAUGCCGGGGUUUUUGCACAAUUUUUAAUAAGGCAAAUAUCAACCUACUUUACUUCCCUUUUCUGUUACUUUCCAAUACAACUUUCACAUCACAAUAUUGCCAAGAAAUCAAAUGUUUACCGUCCUUUAAUUCACGAUAAAGAUCGAACUAGCAUGAUUUUUUAUUCCAAUGUUCACAAUGUAUUUCUGAUUGUUUUGUGAUAACGUACAAGUAUAUAUGACAAGUUUGCUAAUGAAAUAAUGUAACCCAUUGUGUUCAAUGAGCUACUUUUCAAUUGAGUCCCCCUUUAUUAUAUUAAAAGCCGAAGGUUAACAAUGUUCGAACUGGUGAUGUGAGUGCAUGAAAAGCAUUAUUAACUAGAUUGGAAUGGUAUAAUUAUCAUUAGGGUUUAAAAUGGGGUGAAGAAUAUCAAAAGAUUUGAGUAUCCUUCAGGUUUUACCUAUACGUUGAUUAUUUUCAUGCACUGACUAUUUCAGCGCUUCCCAUGAGAAACGGAACCGAGAUAUAGCGAUGUGUUAUGUCUCAAUUGAAUGAUAUAUUUAUAAAGACAAAAAUCUUUUCUAAUCU